AAAGCCCUUCAAACCCAUCCGAUUUCCGCCUCUUUCGUGGCGAAUCUUUGACUGCCCUCUAAACCCUUCCAAAACCCUAGCGCCUCCUCUUCUUCUUCUCUCUCUCUCUAUCUCUCUCGCUCGAUCACCUUCAAUGGAGUUCUGGGGUGUUGAAGUCAAGGCCGGAGAGCCUCUUACCGUUGUACCCGAUGAUGCUUUCAUUAUACACCUUUCCCAGGCUUGCUUGGGUGAGAGUGAGACAAAGAGCAAGGAACCUAUUCUUCUCUCUGUGAAAGUUGCUGACAAGAAGUUUGUGUUGGGAACCCUUUCCUUGGAAAAGAUCCCUCAAUUGACAUUUGAUUUGGUUUUUGAGAAGGAAUUUGAGCUCACACACAACUGGAAGCAUGGAAGUAUUUACUUAUGUGGAUACCAAACCUUUGUUGGAGAUCAGGAGGAUGAUGAUUUAAGUGGUGAUGAGUCAGAAGAGGAAGAGGAUAUCCCACCACAGGCCAUACAAAAUGGAAAAGGUGGUCCAAAGGUUGGGCUAGCUAAGCCUGCUGCUGCUAAAACUAAUGCUGCCAAACCUGAAUCUACUGAAAAGCCGAAAGUUAAAGUUGUGGAGCCAAGUAAAGAUGAGGAUGGUGAGUCUGAUGAAGAUAGUGAUGAGUCUGACGAAGAUGAUUCUGAUGAUGAAAUGGUUAGUUCGGGAGAUGAAUCGGAUGAGGACAUGCUUGGUGGUGAUAGUGAUGAUGCCGAAGAUAAGGAUGAGGAAGAUGAUGAAGCGACCCCUAAGAAGCUGGAAUUGAGCAAGAAAAGAGCUAAUGAUUCGGCAGACAAAACUCCUGUGCCUGCUAAAAAGCCUAAAGCGGCAGCUUCUCCUAAGAGUGAGGGUAAGAAGGUUGUCCAUACUGCAACACCACACCCUGCAAAGAAGGCUGGAAAGACUUCUGCCACUGGAGAUAAAUCAAAGGACCAACAGACACCGAAAUCCGGUGGCAAAUCCGCUGGCAAGAUCUCUUGCAAGUCUUGCUCCAAGACCUUCGCCUCCGAUGGGGCACUCGAUUCUCACACAAAGGCCAAGCAUGCAUGAGAUUUGGGUGGGGCCUAAAUAGGAACGUGCAGUAAAAAGCAUGUUUUGGUUUAUUUUUGACAUGAUUUUACAGAAGAUGGUGUGAAGUUUUGGCAUAGUAUGUGAAGGCUUUGUGGUAGUAUGGACGAGUUUUUUUGGUUAUUUAUUAUUGGUAUUGGAUUAGAUUUUGUAUGGAUCGACCUUUUACAUAGGUGUCUAUUUUGUUAUUUCGGUAAUAUUUUCCCUUCACAUUUCCUCUC